CUGCAGAAGGAAACGCGUCAGCUUAUCCGAGCUGGUGUUCCGAAUGACCUGAGGUCGACCAUAUGGAAGCUGCUCAUUCAUUAUCAGGUGGCUGAAAUCAAGAAAAAGUUUGGGAAAUAUUAUUACCGUAAUCUGUGCAGCACACAGGGAUCAAUUGACGAAGCUGAGAUCCAGCAAUUGGAUCAGGUACUACGAGCUUUCUGCUUGCACAAUCCGAUAAUUGGAUAUUGUCAAGGGAUGAAUUUCAUUGCCGGUACAGCAAUGCUCCUGGUUGGACCCGAAGAUACGUUUUGGUUUCUGGUUGCAAUCACCGAGAAGUAUUUUAACAAAAGCUAUUUCGAUCAUGCACUCACUGGAGCACAAGCUGAUCAGGAAGUGCUGAAAGAACUUGUUGCGAGGCGUUUACCGAGACUUGCUGCUCAUUUAGAACAAUACGACAUUGAUCUGGCUACUGUUACUCUUAAUUGGUUUUUGGCAUUAUUCUAUGAUGCUGUACCUUUUCAGGUAUUGUGCUUUCAAAUUUUCGAAAUUUGUGGAAAAGUGUAUUUUUAAGC